AUGGCGGGCACCAGGAAUUAUGACUUCUUGAUCAAACUAUUGCUGAUCGGAGACUCGGGCGUGGGCAAGUCAUGUUGUCUGUUGCGAUUCAGCGAAGACUCGUUUACCCCCUCAUUCAUCACCACCAUCGGAAUCGACUUUAAGAUCCGCACGAUCGAGCUGGAUGGCAAGCGGGUGAAGCUGCAGAUCUGGGACACAGCAGGCCAGGAGCGCUUCCGAACCAUCACGACGGCAUACUACCGAGGUGCCAUGGGGAUCCUACUUGUCUACGAUGUCACGGACGAACGGUCUUUCCACAACAUCCGAACGUGGUUUUCCAACGUCGAACAACACGCCAGCGAAGGCGUACACAAGAUCCUCAUCGGGAACAAGUGUGAUUGGGAAGAGAAACGGGCGGUGUCGACCGAACAGGGCCAGCAGCUCGCCGAUGAACUUGGCAUUCCCUUCCUCGAAGUUUCGGCCAAGAACAACAUCAACAUCGAGAAGGCGUUCUAUAGUCUGGCCUCGGACAUCAAGAGGGGAAUGGACACCUCCAAGACGGAGCCGACCGGGGGCCAAGGUGUCUCGAUAGAUCAGCAGGGCUCGAUGAAUUCGGGAGGCAAGUGCUGCUAG